UCAGAUUUGAACAGCAGCGCUGCUGGUGAUGUGGUCGAUCCUCGCUGCGGCGUCGGCGGUUGGUUAUGGAGCUGUUGUUGUCCUCAUUGGUGCUGUGAAGAACCAUUUACCAGCCAAGCUGUCCGGCAAGGACCUGUGCAAGAAAGGCACCCCAGCAGGUGAAAUUCCAAUUCCCGAAGCAUUGGGUAUUGUAUCUGGCGCUGUGUUUGUCGCCGUCCUAGCGGUGCUUAGUUUCUUCGUUGAGUUCAAUCAAGCAAGCAUGCGAUGGGGCAUCGUCUCCAUUGCGGCCAUGAUUGCGUUGGGGUUCUGUGACGAUCUUCUUGAUUUGAAAUGGCGACACAAACUUCUCUUCCCUCCGCUCGCGACGAUCCCCGUGUUGUUGCACUACUCAGGUGUCACGGCCGUGGUCAUGCCUUCGUUCGUGCGCGGCGUCAUUGGCGAAGGCGGCGCGUUGCAUCCUCUUCUAUCGCUCGUCUUCCACGUGUCCGAGCACGGGGACAUCGUCGACCUGGGGUACGUGUACUACGUGUACAUGGGGAUGAUGGCAGUGUUUUGCACGAACGCGAUCAACAUCUACGCCGGGUGCAACGGGCUCGAGGCUGGCCAGUCGUUCGUGAUCGGACUGGCCGUAGUGGCCCUCAACUUGACCCAGGUGCUCCGGGGUCAUGACGGCCUCCACUACCACUUAUUUUCGCUCGUGAUCAUGAUUCCGUUCCUCGUAACCACCCUCGGCCUGCUCCACCACAACUGGUAUCCGUCCAGAGUGUUUGUCGGAGACACAUUCUGCUACUACGCCGGCAUGACGUUUGCCGUCGCGGGCAUCCUCGGCCACUUCUCCAAGACCCUCUUGCUGUUCUUUGCCCCUCAGAUCCUCAACUUUAUCUACUCGAUCCCGCAACUGUUCAAGAUCGUGCCAUGUCCUCGCCAUCGAUUGCCCAAGUUUAACCCGAAAACGGGCAACUUGGAACCGUCUACGAUCGCGCCCGAUUCGACGCGCGCCAACCUCACCAUGCUCAACUUGUUCCUCGUUCUGUUUGGUCCGAUGCCUGAGAAGCGCCUCGUCCAGCUGCUUUUGGCGUUCCAAGUCGUGUCGUGCGUGGCCGCGUUCGGUGUGCGCUACGGCCUCAGCAGCGUCUUUUACGACGUCGUGCAUUGAUAACUACAAAAGUCGGGUAUGAUUGUCAAGUCGAUUUGAAAUCGCAGUGUCGAAUGACCAGGAAGACAAUCGAUUGACCAAUCAAAACCCAGGGCACUAAUCACGUGGCCAAUCAAAUCCACUCUUCGAUGAAUUCAACAUCGAAUUAGUGUGUGACAGAAAUUAACUGAAAGUAGUAGUGUCAUACUGGA